AUUUUAAUAUUAUUUUAGUUUACAAUUCGAUUCCAUCUAGGCAAAACGAGUUCAUAUAAAAACUCGAGUUGACAACCUUAUGUUUAACUCAACUGAAUAAUUCAUCACAUUCGUCAUAUUGUACAGCCUACAUAGAAACCUGAAAUUGAUUUUAUGAUUUCGACAACAUAUCUAUUUAGUGCUCAGUUUUUACUAUUAUCUCUCUGUCACUACGCUCUUCGUUCCCUCGUUUCUAAUCUAUCUUAGCGUGGUUAUUGACCAAAUUCCUCUACGUUUUUGUCGCCGUAGAAGUUUAUGUCAUCGACUGGUCUUCAACCAAACCAAACCUACUCAUAAGUCACAACCAGGCAGAGAUGCCAAACCUACUCACAACCAGGCAGAGAACUGAAAACAUAUGUAUAACAGACCAUUGUGCCACCAUAUUGACAUGUAACAAACUGCAAAAACUGAAUACAAAUCUACAAACGAUUAUACCAAAAUUGGACAGGUAGCAAAAUAAAAACCUCAAUUAUGUUUUAAUUUUUUGCAGUAAAGAAAGCCUGAAUUAUGUUGAUAUAAGAUUCUGUUGAGGUAUUUAUAUGCCAUACAGCAGACUACAAAAUUACUCCAGUUACAAAAUUGCUCACAGUUACAAUCUAAACACCGUAAACAACACCAUAGAGCUCAUCUAAACCCUUCAUAUGAUGAAGAUUGUUCUUUUGACACCGAAAAAUUGCUCACAGGCACCUAAAACACGUCGAACGAAAGUUAAUUGCAGUUCAGGCACUUUUUAAAUCAGUUAAACUGAUUUAAAAAGUGUUCUCAAAAUAUUGGUUUUCGGCAUUCAUCAUUUUCAACUUGAUUUGUACAUAGCAUUCAUGUUUUUGAAAAAUCUGUAUGGUAAGCAAAUGGCAUUUAUGAAUGUCUAGUCUAAUGUGAGAGAUUUGGCCCCCUAAUUGUUCGGUCGGUCCUAAUAACAUAAUAACUUCUGUAUGGUUAGUACCGUAUAUAUCUCUUACACAUCCACAAAUCCAUAAUCAAACACAUCACUAGUUUAGAGUCAGACAAAAAGGAGUUCUUGAUAAUCCUCAACCUUAGUACUUGAUCCAAACCAAACCAUUCAUUGUAGAGAUGUCUUCUGCAGCAAUAACAACAGUACUUGCUUUCCUUAUCUUCACUUUCACAUAUUUUUUAUCCAAACUAUUCUUGCAUCCAAAACAAAAAACCAUCAAUCAUAAAAAGCCACCAGGUCCACCAUCACUACCAAUAAUCGGAAACCUCCACAUAUUAGGCACCCUUCCACAUAGAACACUUCAAUCACUCUCCAAACAAUAUGGUCCAAUCAUGUCCUUACAACUAGGUCAAGUCCCAGCUAUUGUCAUUUCAUCUUCAAAAGCCGCAGAGUCAUUCGUCAAAACCCAUGACAUCGUUUUCGCAAACCGACCGGAACUUGUAGGAGCACAGAUCAUGUCUUAUGGUUGCAAAGGGUUGGCGUUUUCUAAGUACGACUCUUAUUGGCGUAGUGUGAGAAAACUUUGUACUUCAAAACUUCUUAGUGCUUCGAAAGUUGAGAUGUUUGGUCCUAUUAGGAAGGAGAAGUUGGAUGUUUUGGUUAAAUCUUUGGAGAAAGCUGCUCUGGAGGGUGAGGUUGUGAAUGUUAGUGAGGCUGUAGAGAAUGUUAUAGAGGAUAUUGUGUAUAAGAUGGUGUUGGGUCGGAGUAAGUAUGAUCAUAUUGACCUAAAGAGGUUGGUUCAAGACGUAAUGGCUUUGAUUGGAGCUUUUAAUAUGGCUGAUUAUGUUCCUUGGUUAGGCACAUUUGAUCUUCAGGGCUUAACACGAGCCUGCAAAAGAACCAACAAAGCACUUGAUGAGGUGUUGGAGAUGAUAAUAUCAGAGCAUGAACAAACCACUAAUACAGACAAAACUCGUCAUGAAGACUUUGUAGACAUACUUCUCACUUUUAAGCACCAAAACAUUGAUCAUGGGAGUGAACAAAAUCAUGUCAUUGAUCGAACUAACAUCAAAGCUAUUUUACUAGACAUGGUUGUGGCAUCAUUUAGUACAUCUGCUACCACAAUUGAGUGGGCUUUAUCCGAACUUUUAAGGCAUCCAAGAGUGAUGAAAAAUCUUCAAGAUGAAAUACAAAAUGAAGUAGGAAAUAAGAGAAUGGUUGAAGAAAAGGAUUUGAAGAAUUUUAAUUACUUAGAUAUGGUGGUUGAUGAAACUUUAAGACUUCAUCCAGUUUCACCCUUCUUACUCCCUCGUGAAUGUAGAGAGAACAUAACAAUUGAUGGUUAUUUUGUAAAGGAAAAGACACGAGUUAUAGUAAAUGCAUUUACAAUAGCGAGAGAUCCUAAUGUUUGGUCAGAAAAUGCUGAAGAAUUUUGUCCAGAGAGGUUUAUUAAUAAGAAAUUGAAUUAUGAAGGACAAGAGUUUGAAAGUAUACCAUUUGGAUUUGGUCGUAGGCGUUGCCCUGGAAUUCAAUUGGCUUUGAGGACUGUUAGGUUAAGCAUAGCUCAAUUGGUGCAUUGCUUUAAUUGGAAACUUCCAUAUAAUAUUAGUCCUUCUAAUUUGAACAUGGAUGAGAAAUUUGGACAAUCUAUACAUAGAGCUCAACACUUACACGCAAUACCAAGUUAUCGUUUGGCAGGUGAUGGCAAGCUUGAAUAGUAGUUCCAAGAGGGACAAUAUUAUGUUUGCAUUCAACAAGGUUAUUACUAGUAAAGAUGCUUUAUUUUUAAUUAGUCUAAUGGUGUUUGUAUAAAAUAUGUUAAUGAAUACUUUUGAUGGCUGAUUCUGCACACAUAUGUGAGCUAACUUAUGAACUACAGUGUAUUUGGGCUAAACAACCUAAUAGUUAAAUGUUUAUGAACUAAAAGCUUAUUAUAGGAAAGGAAGAGAUAUUGCA